AUGAAACAGUUUAUACUCUUUAUUUGUCUCCUUGCUAUAUCAUGUCCAGUAAUAGCAGAAGAUCCCACUCAAAUAAUGCUCACGAAUUAUUUACAGAAAGUAUCGGAUAAACGUGGGUUACUUUCAAAUGAAACAUUUAUAAGUUCAAUGUUUCAAUCAUUUCGAAAUUAUCAUCCUCGUCGAUAUCAAGCACCCAAUAAUGAAACAGUACAUUACCAGAUUUUUCAAAAUAGACUUAAAACAGCAGUUGAAAAUAAUAUUCAACCAAAUCUCACAUUUACACGUGGUCUUAACCAAUAUUCUGAUUGGACACCAUCCGAAUUACAAGUUCUUCGUGGUAAUCGUCCACCACCAUCGAUAGCACGAGCCAACUAUGUUACAAUGACUUUUUCUCGAACACAACAAAGCAAAGGAUCCAAAAAAAGAAAGCAUCCACCACCCACAUCUACAACCACAUCCACACGGGCACCCAUAUUCACAUCUACAACCACAUCCACACGGGCACCCAUAUUCACAUCUACAACCACAUCCACACGGGCACCCAUACCCACAUCUACAACCACACCUACAUCCACACCUGGUAUAUUUGAUUAUACAACACAAGUAUCAGCAUUAAAUAAAAAUGUAUCAAUUAUAAGACCAAUUAGAGAUCAAGGAUAUUGUGGAAGUUGUUAUGCAUUUGCUAUAAUUGCGUUAUUCGAAGCUCAAUAUGCAUUUCAUUAUGGACAAGCAGUUAAUAUGAGUGAUCAACAAAUUGUUGAUUGUUCAACAGGUGAUUAUGGAUGUAUUGGUGGUUAUUUUGAUACAUCAUUUGCUUAUGUACAAAAUUACAAUUGGUAUCUGGAUAGUGCUUUAAGUUAUCCUUACAAAGCUGUUGCUUCUACUUGCGCAGCCAAAACAACUAAUGGAUGGUCUGUUGGUAAUUUAGUUUAUCGUCAUCUAACACCAAAAAAUGCAUCAGCUAUGCAAGAAGCACUUGUUACUUUUGGUCCUUUAUGGGUAAGUUUAUAUGUCGGUUCAGACUGUUCUGGUACUGCAAAAGCAAAGUGUCCAGUAGAUCCAACUGUUGCAGGCAAUAUUAUGCAUGCAUUUCAAAGUUAUACAGGUGGAAUUUUCCAAGUAAAUGGAUGUAUAACAUCAGCAGCUAAUAAUAAUCAUGCUAUGGUUAUUGUUGGAUAUGGACAUGAUCCAGUAACGAACUUAGAUUAUUGGAAACUACGUAACUCAUGGGGUAUUGGAUGGGGAGAAAAUGGUUACGUUAGAAUACAACGUGGUAACAACAUGUGUAAUAUUGAAUCGGAUGCUUUUUUAAUUGCUAAACCAGCAGCUUAA